AGUGUCAGCUACACCCUAUGCAAAAACGACAAACCCUUACCUCCAUAGGGCAAAAAAAAAAAGGAAAGCAAUAGGGAAAUGAAUAUUGGUGAAAACUGAAAAGCAUAAAUUCUGGUGAAUCCCCCCUCACUUCUUCACACUUUCUUCCAUUUCCCAUUUUUAAAUGAGCUUUGGAUUGUAUUUUAGAAUGACGAGAAAGAGAAUUCAGAUCAAGAAAAUCGACAACGUUGCGGCGAGGCAAGUGACUUUCUCAAAGAGGAGAAGAGGGCUUUUCAAGAAAGCUCAUGAACUUUCCGUUCUUUGCGAUGCUGAGAUUGCUCUUAUAGUCUUUUCAGCAACUGGAAAACUCUUCGACUAUUUCAGCACAAGUAUGGAGGUGAUUGAAAGGCGCAAUCAACAGUCAGGAAAAGGCAUCGACAGAUUGGUCACCAGUCCAUGUCAUGGACUGCAGGUUGAGAGUCGCACGUGUGCCAUGUUGAGCAAGGAAAUGGCUGAAAAGACCCACCAACUGAGACAGCUGAAGGGAGAGGAGCUCCAAGGGUUAGGUUUUGAAGGAUUAAAGCACCUGGAAAAACUAGUUGAAGGAGGCUUGAGACGAGUUACUGAAACAAAGGAUGAGAGAUUUUUCAAAGAAAUCAGCACCCUCAAGAUGAAGGGAGCAGAACUGGUGGAAGAAAAGCAGCAAUUGAAACAGCAAAUGGAGAAUUUACCUCAUAUGGUCCACGUCCAGCCAUCAGAGUCGAUUGCUCAUGUUGGGAGCUCUGAAAAUCCAACUCAACCCUAUAAUAAUAGCCAUGACAUUUCUCUCACAUUGGGGUUAGCCUUCCCUAACUCACCGUUGAAAGGUUAAAAGGCGGUGAUGUUGCGAAGAAGUCAUCAUCAUCUUGCUUAAAUCUCAGCUGGCUCCUAUAUAGGAUAAUUUUCAUAGUAGUAAUAAUAAUGAUGAUGAUGUGUAGAUUGUCAAGUAAACCAGUUUUAUGGAACCGUCGAUAAUUAUAUAUAGAGUUUAAUAUCAAAAUUACCCGUACAAAAAAAGAAUGUGAAGGUUAAAGCGCAAUUAUGCACAUGCACUCGAGCAUGGUAAAUAAAUUAACUUGUUUACUUUGGAGGGUUUAGUGCCAUCUUUAUUCCUUA